CCGCCGUUGAUGCAGCCGACGCCACUGGAUGGACGGACCCGAUUAUGACAAGGAUCAUAGUCUCAAAUAUCCUUGGCGUUGAGAAUAACCCGACUUUUGUGAAGCGUCGUGCUCUCCACUGUAGAUGUCUGUAUGAAGAGGCAGUGGUUGGGUCCAAA